AUGAACUUCAUGAAUAAUCCUUCACCGGGAAGUGUCCCUUCUGGUUAUUCAAUGCUUGGAUUCUGGUUGGACGGAACUAGGAAACCGGAUUGUUACUAUCCUCAGAAAGCGGGAGCAGACUGUUCCGAAAACAAUUUUUGUUCUCUGGAUCCGAAUGACUACAAAAUGCUUGUCACUUACGGGAAGCCGUUGAAUUUCUCAAUAUCAGCAGUCUAUACAAUCAGUUUCAAAGAGUGCGUUCAGAAAUGUUGGCGUGAUACAACUUGUGUGCUCGUGUAUGACACUGCUCCAACUUGCAAGAUGUUUGCAUUGGAAAAUCUAGGAAGUGUUCGGAAACUGAAUAGCUCAAGUAAUAGUAGAAUAGCAUUUCGAACUUUUUCAACUAGUGAUUCAUGCUCAAAUAUAUCACAAACUCCUAUACUAACCGGUGCGACAGUUACAGGGCGUACAUAUUAUAAUAUAUCUAAUGUACUUCCAACUUACCAAGAAUUCACUGUCAAAUUGGAUACAAAAACCAACAUCUGGUCAUUCAAACCGUCUUUUCAUUAUCCAUGUGCACCGCCCUUUAUGCCCGUAAAGCGAACAAAUGGCGUAUAUUGUUUUGGGGUUAUUCAAACGUAUUCUUGUUUAAACAAGUCUCAGGCACUUGCUCAAUUCUCCAUAAUGAAUGGAUAUUCUCUGAUGGUAAUUGCCAAUAUGGGAGAGUAUAAUUGGUUGCUAGGUACUGCAAUGAGCUACUUAUCCACUCAAAAUAUGAAUACAACUUAUUCGAAACUUGGAUUCUGGAUGGAUGGCGUCAGGAAAGCCUCUUGUAAGUAUCCCGCAGUGAGGAGUCCAUCGUGUAACGGAACAAAUGAAUUCGACUACUCGGACCCAUCGGCUCCUAACCCAGUCUUCAAUUGGAUUCCUGGCCAACCAGAUGCACUUCUCAAUUCACCUCGAAAUUCAGACUGUCUCUACUUACAAGUUUCGAAUAACGGCGAGAAUGGUGUGGAUGAUAUACCGUGCUCCAUGACUGUCCAUUCCGAAGAGAAUAUGUGUAUGAACGGUUAUAUUUACGGGACUCCGGCAGUGGCUAACUAA